AUGCGCCAGAUACUCUUUCGGACACUGGAGAAAGUUGAAUCGAAGUGCUCUUUCCGGCAGAAGGUUCAGGUGUCGAAGCUCUUGCAUUCUGCCGGCAACUUCCAGCUGCGGAAUGCGCAGCUGCUCCGGACCUACCACCAAGACCUUUCCUCGCUGUCGACUGCUGGCUUGGUCAAAGCCGUCAAAGCGGUCGAAGACACGGCCUUCGAGGAGCUUGCUCCAUACUUUCGAGAGAUGGCGCUCGAGCGAUGCCAGGAGCAUGGAUGGCACCAUGUCUUCCGUCUGCUCUGGAUCUCUGAUUGCUGCGAUGGCAAGAAUAUUCUUGAGACAGACAAGUGGUGGAAUAGGUGGAAGAAGUACAGCAACGAGCAAGCUCACCUGUUCAAGGUGCUAUACGCUGCCGUCGAAGAUGAAAAUCUCACCGCACGGGUUCUCAUGAGGAAGGCGCUGUCGGAUCAGCUGGUGAAAUUCUGGAAGGAGCGUAAGCGGUUCGUGCGAGCUGCCGCUGUCCUAUCCAUGAGUCGCGGGCACAGCAAGACGGUGAAAGCCGCGGAUGUGAUUGAUCUGCUUGAAAGCAGCGACAAGGAUGAAGUCCACCUGGCUGCUUACAUCAAAGAGCAAAGGAUGUCGGAAGCUGUGGAUUUUUCGGAGAAGGACCCAGAAAGCAUGCUUGCGGCGGCUUUGAGACGCUUGCAGCAGAGUCCGGGUGAUGACACGCUGCACGAGAAGAUUGCAGUAAGGAUCAACCAGCUGGACUUGGGAGGAAAGGAAGCCGUGAGCGUGCUCCGAUGUUGCCAUCUAUGUGCCGUUUUGGAACACCAAGCCGAGGGUAGAGUCGGCAACAUGAAGCUACGCAGAGUCGCCAUGACGAAGCUCGCAGAGGUCGCUGAGCACUGCCAGAGUCAGCAUGGAAACGAGGCUUUCAGCAGGAAGUGCUAUGAAGCCAUCUUUCCUGCCAGGUUACACAGCUGGUACCUUUCUCUUUUCUUCCGAGGAACCUUUUACUCCAAGUCCUGGAGUGAUUGCCUUGCAGCCAACUCUCUCGAUGACUUCCGCGAGUUUCCUUUAGUCUCAAUGGUCAAGACCUGCGAGCUGCUGAAGUCAGUUCUUGCUGAAGAUUUCUGGCAGAUGCAUUGGUAUUCGUAUCCGGCCAAGUUGCCGGAAGAUGCAUCGGAGGCAGCAAGAGAAAUUAUCGGCUGGGCCAGGCCAGCUCAUGAAUUUGCGGAGCUCAACGAUGAAGCGCGCAACAUGAAGGCAGAGGUUUGCCACCAUGUCUACAAGGCUUUGCCUGAUUGGCGACAACCUCUGGCUGCAGAUGAGGUGCGCAAGCCAUUCACAUCACAGCUCCUGGAGGCUUUCCCGACUCUGGAGAGCAUCAAGACAAGCUUUGCGCACACCGCGUGUUUGACGGUUUGCAAGAAAGUCGAGGCGCUUUCGAUCGCCACUGCGAAUGAGCAGUUCCCGGUUCUAAUGCAGCUCAUCCGAGACUACAUUCUGCUCAUGGCUCUGGCGGGCGAGCUCCAGAGAAUUCCAGGGCAGCUCCAAAAAUGGAAUUCUCACCUCAAGAUGCUGGAGGUUCAUGCGAGAACGAUUUGCCAGGAGGCUCUUGGUGAUGACCAGGCAGUGGAAGUCAUCCUGCAAAAAGGCGGCCGACGAUUUCUGAAGGAGCUGUGCGAUUUCUACAUGGAACCCGGACGCCGCCAAAACCUUCGGAAGGCUGUCGCUCUUCUUGGAAGCAAAGAGUGGGAUUCGGAAGGAGGCCACCAGGAGAGCCUGGUGAAGCUCUUCCGCCUGCUGCAAGGCCAGGGGAAGAAGUUCUGGGUCGGAUGCAACUGCUGCCUCAGUGGAGUCGACAAGACGAUGCUUUCCGAAUUUCAGAACCGAUGCAGAGAACGUCUUGCACAGCUCACGGCGGAAUGGGCAAGAAACGGGCCUACGAAAGAGACACUGUGGAUGGUGUUGCGAUUACACUGCGUGGUCUACUACGGCCAGGACACCUUUCACCAUCUGCUGUUGGGGCCAGACUCGUACUUCAGAGGUCGCAGCGAUGAUUUCCUAGAGGUGGCACAAGCGCCUUUCUGGAAGUACUUGGCAGGCCUCUUCGGCAACGAUGUCAACGAGGUUGCCCGCAAGGUCCUCGGCGGCAGAGGUGCAGAAUGGCGACCUCAUCUGCGAGACCUUGUUGACGCGCAUGUGAACAGUAUUCCAGAGGUUGCACUGCCCCUUCUGAAAGGACUUGGUCAAGCCUGGGAGCAUCAGAACUCAGAGGAGCUGAUUCAGACGUUUCUCCAAUAUCUCUCAAAGUACCUGGAUGCUGGUGGCAGUGACAGGGAACUCAGCGAGGUGAUGGAAGCGAUCCCGAAAGUCCAAGCCGAUCCUCGCACGAAGAAGGAGCUGCAGAGUUGCAGGGGUCCAGCACAAGGAGGGGCCUCGUGGGUCCGUGGUUCAGACAGCUUUUGA